GAGGAGCCCGGAGCCCGCCUUCGGAGCUACGGCCUAAUGGCGGCGGCGACUGCAGUCUGGAGGGUCCACACUUGUGAUUCUCAACGGAGAGUGAAAACGCAGAUUCAUAAUGAAAACCAGCCCCUGUCGGCCACUGAUUCUCAAAAGACGGAGGCUGCCCCUUCCUGUUCAAAAUGCCCCAAGUGAAACAUCAGAGGAGGAACCUAAGAGAUCCCCUGCCCAAAAGGAGUCUAAUCAAGCAGAGGCCUCCAAGGAAGUGGCAGAGUCCAACUCUUGCAAGUUUCCAGCUGGUAUCAAGAUUAUUAACCACCCCACCAUGCCCAACACCCAAGUAGUGGCCAUCCCCAACAAUGCUAAUAUUCACAGCAUCAUCACAGCACUGACUGCCAAGGGAAAAGAGAGUGGCAGUAGUGGGCCCAACAAAUUAAUCCUCAUCAGCUGUGGGGGAGCCCCAACUCAGCCUCCAGGACUCCAGCCUCAAACCCAAACCAGCUAUGAUGCCAAAAGGACAGAAGUGACCCUGGAGACCUUGGGACCAAAACCUGCAGCUAGGGAUGUGAAUCUUCCUAGACCACCUGGAGCCCUUUGCGAGCAGAAACGGGAGACCUGGGUUGAGGAGCCUUCGAGACCAUCAACGUCCUGGCAGAACUCUGUGUCCGAGCGGCCACCCUACUCUUACAUGGCCAUGAUAAAAUUCGCCAUCAGCAGCACUGAGAGGAAGCGCAUGACUUUGAAAGACAUCUAUACGUGGAUCGAGGACCACUUUCCCUACUUUAAGCACAUUGCCAAGCCAGGCUGGAAGAACUCCAUCCGCCACAACAUUUCCCUGCACGACAUGUUUGUCCGGGAGACUUCUGCCAAUGGCAAGGUCUCCUUCUGGACCAUUCACCCCAGUGCCAACCGCUACUUGACAUUGGACCAGGUGUUUAAGCAGCACAAACGACCGAAUCCAGAGCUCCGCCGGAACAUGACCAUCAAAACCGAACUCCCCCUGGGCGCACGGCGGAAGAUGAAGCCACUGCUACCACGGGUCAGCUCAUACCUGGUGCCUAUCCAGUUCCCGGUGAACCAGUCACUGGUGUUGCAGCCCUCGGUGAAGGUGCCAUUGCCCCUGGCGGCUUCCCUCAUGAGCUCAGAGCUUGCCCGCCAUAGCAAGCGAGUCCGCAUCGCCCCCAAGGUGCUGCUAGCUGAGGAGGGGAUAGCUCCUCUUUCUUCUGCAGGACCAGGGAAAGAGGAGAAACUCCUGUUUGGAGAAGGGCUUUCUCCUUUGCUUCCAGUUCAGACUAUCAAGGAGGAAGAAAUCCAGCCUGGGGAGGAAAUGCCACACUUAGCGAGACCCAUCAAAGUGGAGAGCCCUCCCUUGGAAGAGUGGCCCUCCCCGGCCCCACCUUUCAAAGAGGAAUCAUCUCACUCCUGGGAGGAUUCGUCCCAAUCUCCCACCCCAAGACCCAAGAAGUCCUACAGUGGGCUUAGGUCCCCAACCCGGUGUGUCUCGGAAAUGCUUGUGAUUCAACACAGGGAGAGGAAGGAGAGGAACCGGUCUCGGAGGAAACAGCAUCUACUGCCUCCCUGUGUGGAUGAGCCGGAGCUGCUCUUCUCAGAGGGGCCUAGUACUUCCCGCUGGGCCGCAGAGCUCCCGUUCCCAGCGGACUCCUCUGAGCCUGCCUCCCAGCUCAGCUACUCCCAGGAAGUGGGAGGACCUUUUAAGACACCCAUUAAGGAAACGCUGCCCAUCUCCUCCACCCCGAGCAAAUCUGUCCUCCCCAGAACCCCUGAAUCCUGGAGGCUCACGCCCCCAGCCAAAGUAGGGGGGCUGGAUUUCAGCCCAGUACAAACCCCCCAGGGUGCCUCUGGCCCCUUGCCUGACCCCCUGGGGCUGAUGGAUCUCAGCACCACUCCCUUGCAAAGUGGUCCCCCCCUUGAAUCACCGCAAAGUCUCCUCAGUUCAGAACCCUUAGACCUCAUCUCCGUCCCCUUUGGCAACUCUUCUCCCUCAGAUAUAGACGUCCCCAAGCCAGGCUCCCCGGAGCCACAGGUUUCUGGCCUUGCAGCCAAUCGUUCUCUGACAGAAGGCCUGGUCCUGGACACAAUGAAUGAUAGCCUCAGCAAGAUCCUGCUGGACAUCAACUUUCCUGGCUUGGAGGAGGACCCACUGGGCCCUGACAACAUCAACUGGUCGCAGUUUAUUCCUGAGCUACAGUAG